AUGCACUCGAUAGCACAGAAUCAAUUCGGAGGAAGCGUACUGGAGGAUCCAUAUGCUCACAUGGAUCGGUUUACUAUGCAGGUGUCCCCCGUGGUAUCUGAACAAGUAAGUCUGGAUGAUGUCAGACUAACACUUUUCCCCCACUCUUUGAGGGAUGCUGCUGAAGAGUGGUUGAGGGCUCAACCUCAACAGAGUAUAAUUUCUUGGGAUGAUCUAGCCAAGAAGUUCUCAGAAAAGUUUUUUCCUAGCUCUCGCAUGAGGCAACUGAAGCAUGACAUCAAUACUUUCUAUCAAAAGGAAUCAGAGAAUCUUUAUGAUGUAUGGGAAAGGUUCAAGGGACUUCUUAGAAAGUGUUCAGGCCACAAUUUGAAAGAAUCAGCACAGGUAGACAGGUUCUAUGCAGCUCUCAACAGAGAUACAAGAGUCAAGUUGGACCUUGCGGGCAAGAAUGGAGCUUUUGAUCAUCUGUCAACUAAGGAUUCUCUUGAAAUCAUCAACAAUUUGGCUGAAAGGGAAGCCCACUCUAGCUAUGAUAGAUGCAACAGGGGCAGUGUCAAUGAAAUUCAGGCAUAUGAUAAUGUAAUGGCGUCUAACAAGGCACUUUCAGAUAAAAUGGAUGCCAUGUUCAAGAGGAUGGAUGAUCGCAAGAUGAACACUGAGAAGGAGGCAAUGGAUGAAGAGAUCAAGUAUCUGAGAAGCUCUAGGCAUGAUCCUCCUACUGGUACAUACAACCCCAGUUGGGCCAAUCAUCCUAGUUUGUCUUACAGAAAUCAAGAUGGAUAUGCACAGCAAGGAAAUUCUAAGCAGUACUCCAAUCCACAAAGGGGACAAUAUCAGGAUCAGAGGCAACAACCUCAACAGGAUCAAAACUCUGGGAAAAGGAGCUUGGAAGACAUUGUGGGGAAACUAGCUCAGACCACUGAGUCCUUCAUGACUGAAACCAGAAAUACCAACAAAAAUCAUGAGGCUUCCCUCAGGAAUUUGGAGAAUCAGAUGGGUCAGAUUGCCAAACAGCUUUCAGAAAGGAGUCCAGGUAAGUUACCUUCUGACACUAUUGAGAAUCAAGCUAAUCUUUCUGCUAUAACUACUAGGAGUGGUAAAAUUUUGAAAGAUGCUGAAAGAAAGAUAGUAAAAAAGAGGGGUGAUGAAGUAGAAAAACCUAAGGAAGAGAAUAGGGAAGUGAGUGAGAAGAAAACAAUUAAUGAUAAAUCUGAAGAAAAUAAAGAUAAAGAAAGCACUACUUUCCCCAAUGACAAGAGUUGCUGCAAGGUACCUUUUCCAAAAGCUUUAGUGAAAAAGAAUUUAGAAAAGCAAUUUUCUAAAUUUCUUGAGGUUUUCAAAAAGUUACAAAUAAAUAUUCCUUUUUCUGAAGCUUUGGAACAGAUGCCUACAUACUCUAAAUUCAUGAAAGAGAUACUCUCUAGGAGAAGAAAGCUGAGUGAGGUAGAUGAGACCAUAAUGAUGAGUGAAGAGUGUAGUGCUAUCUUGCAAAGGAAACUUCCACAGAAAAUGAAAGAUCCUGGAAGUUUCACACUUCCUGUGGAAAUUGAAGGUCUACCUGCUGCUAAGGCUCUCUGUGAUUUAGGAGCAAGCAUUAAUUUGAUGCCUCUUAGGUUGGGUUUAGGAGAGGUCACUCCUACCAUGAUCAACCUACAACUAGCUGAUAGGUCACUCAAAACUCCUUAUGGGAUCAUAGAGGAUGUUCUUGUUAGGGUAGACAAAUUUAUUUUCCCUGUGGAUUUUGUCAUAUUAGAUAUGGAAGAAGAUACUAGAAUACCUCUCAUCCUAGGAAGACCCUUUUUAGCAACUGGUAAUGCAAAAAUUAAUGUGAGGAAGGGAAUUCUUUCUUUGAAAGUAGGAGAAGAAAAAGUGAGGUUUAAUGUUUUUGAGUCGUUGAAACAUAGGAAUGAUGAGAAUAUCUUUAGUGUUGAGGUAGUGGAUGAGUUUGUUUGA